CAGAAACCGGCGAACACCGAUAAUUUCCGUCCACCUCCGAUAGAACUAGUCAUACAAAACAGAAUCUUUACAAAGGACUGAAAACCAUUUUGUUUUAACAAUCCAUCCAACACACCUGUUUCCCAAAGUUCCCUAUACGAGCAAUACAAAAUGUGCAAACCAGCCACCCACGACUUCCUCGCGGACCUACCAAAAUGCGAACACCACCUCCACCUCGAAGGCUGCCUCAGCCCAAACCUUCUCUUCACUCUGGCCUCUAAAAACAACAUCACCCUGCCAUCACCAUCUGAGGAUGUCGCUUACACGUCGCCCGCAACACUCACAGAACGGUAUUCGCAUUUCACAAACCUGAAUGAUUUCCUUGCGUACUACUACCGCGGCAUCGCAGUCGUAGUGCAUGAAGAGGACUUUGAGAUGCUAGCUUGGGAGUACUUCACAACAGCAGCUAGAGACGGUGUCCGCCAUGCAGAAGUUUUCUUUGAUCCACAGAGUCAUACGGAGCGAGGUAUUGCGUUUGAUGUCGUGGUACGUGGUUUCAACGCUGCAAGAAAACGGGCGGAGAAAGAGCUGGGAAUAACGAGUUGUCUGAUUAUGUGCUUCUUAAGGCACUUGCCUGUUAGUUCAGCUGCGGAGACUAUGGCAGCGGCUGUUAAGGGUGGGCACUUUGAUCUUGAGAGUGGAGAUGAUCAGGGGCGCGCUAUUACUGGUCUUGGGUUGGACUCGUCAGAAGUUGGGUUUCGCCCGGAACUCUUUGUCGAUAUGUAUCGCGAGGGUGAGAAGAGGGGGUUGAGGAGGACAGCGCAUGCGGGUGAAGAGGGGGAUCCGACGUACAUCAGUGGUGCACUCGACGCACUACACGCUGAGCGCAUCGAUCACGGCAUUCGUCUUACCGAAGAUGCUGAACUGCUCCGUCGGGUAGUGAAAGAGGAGAUACUCCUGACAGUUUGUCCGCUGAGCAAUGUCUGCCUCCAAGCAGUGCAAAAUGUCGGCCAAGUACCCAUCAGGACAUUCCUCGAGGCAGGGGUCAAGUUCAGUAUCAACAGUGACGACCCAGCGUACUUUGGUGGAUACAUCCUAAACAACUAUUGCGCGGUGCAAGAGGCUUUCAACUUAAGUAUGGAUGAAUGGAGGACGAUCGUUAGCAAUUCUAUCCACGGCAGCUGGAUAGGGGAAAAGCGGAAGUCUGAGCUGCUGGGUCUGCUCGAGGCUUGCAUGAGCAGAUAUGCUUAAGUGUACUCGUAUAGGGGUCAGUGGAUGGAGUAGCGUGGAGGUUGGAAGUGAGAUUUUACAGACGCUAGUGUGCUAAGUGAUAGGGUAUUGAAUACAGUCUAGCUCUUCUACGGUCUUUCAAUUCGUGGUUAGACCUUCAGCGAAGAAGUUCUAGGUGCCCUAUUAUUCAAUUCUAGAUACUCAAUAGUUCUGCGAAGGUAGUCUAGCUAUACCAUAAAUAUAGCUAUUCAAUUGAGCGCGCGACGAUAAUGACGUACACUAGUCGAUCGUUGGAGAGAAACUGAGAUCGGGUCUGUA